AUGUCGCGACGGCCACCCAGAGGAGAGUAUAUAGAGACGGAUACCGGGAACAAAGUUGCCCGCAAAGCAACCCUCGUCGGGACCCAGAACAUCAUCCUCGGCGGCAAGACGGUCAUCCAGCCCGAAGUGAUGAUCCGUGGUGAUCUUGCCCGCACCAUGCAACCCUCUUCAUCUUCGGGCAGUGCCCCCGCCAACAACACUGCCGUUUCCAUUGGGCGGUACUGCUUCCUGAGCCGGGGGUCCUGCCUGCGCCCGCCUGGGCGCAUCUACAAAGGGGCCUUCACCUACAUGCCUCUCCGAAUAGGCGACCACGUCUUCGUCGGGCAGGGCACCGUCGUCCAGGCCGCGAGCAUCGGCAGCCACGUGCACAUCGGGCAGGGAGUCGUCGUCGGGGAGUUCGCCAUCAUCAAGGACUACGCCCGCAUACUCGACGGCACCGUCGUGCCGCCCAACAUGGUGAUCCCCAGCUUCAGCGUCGUCGCGGGGAGGCCGGCGAGGGUGGUCGGCGAGGUGCCCGAGGGGGGCCACGAGGCCUUUGAGCUGAAGGAGCUGUACAAGUCCGUCGGGAAUAACCCGCAGCCCAUGCCUGUGUGA